AUGCAUCGCUUUUCGCAGGUUAACCGCAGCAAUACUGGUACCAUGGCGGCUAAUGUAGCUCUAUUUGCCCGUUCUGCCGAUGACGACUAUUUGGCGGUGCCAGAGAAGCCCGUCGAGGACGCCGACACCACCGCGGAGUCCUCUCAAUUCUCAGAAUCCUCUUCUCCCCUAGCGCGUAGAAAACGUGUCCGCACCCCUACUGCGCUCAACAUUUGGGCAGAGAGCCGUCAGCCAAAUCGCCAUGAGCCCGAACGCAACAAGCAUGGCCAGAAGAUAUGGUAUUGCAAGCGUUGCUCCUAUUCCCAGGCUGCCCAUAACAGAGUCCGUGGCCAUCUGCGGGAUAAGCACUGCGUACUGAUUUUCGAGCACCAGUCAGCUAAGAAGCUUGGACAGGGAGUCGCAAUUGACAGACUGUUUAGACAGCAAGCCGCGAGACAAAACGGACAGGAUGUUGAGCGGGAGAGAUACCUUCGUGCAUCAGUCGAUGAAGUCGCGUAUAAUCAAGCGCUGGUGAACCUUAUCACGGCGCAUAGUCUUCCCCAUAGCCUGGUCGAGUGGCCCGAAUGGUAUGCUCUACUUCACACGGUGAACCACAUGGCCCCAAGAGUUGUCACACACAGCCGUGGGCAAGUUCCAAAGCUGUUGGAGGCGAGCUUCGCCACACAUCGCGAGAACUUGAUAUCAAGGCUCAUAGCCUCGCCUACGCAAAUACACUUCAGCAUUGACAUCUGGUCCUCCCCAAACCACCAUAGCUUUCUUGCAAUCGUGGCUCACUAUAUUGACCUAGCAAGCCGGCAACUACGAAAAGCCUUGCUUGCCCUGCGAGAGCUCGAAGGUUCUCACACCGGUGAAGCUAUUGCAGAGACGUUCCUCCAGGUCGUCGAUUCCUACGGUGUCCGCGCCAAGAUGGGAUACUUUACGCUUCUUAACGCUUACAACAAUGACACAAUGAUGCACACUGUUGCCGAGACCUGUGGCUUCAAUUCCACUCAUCGAAGACUUCGCUGUAACGGCCAUAUCAUAAAUCUGGCCGUGCAGGCGUUUCUGUUCGGUAAGAACAAGGAGGCUUCUGAUGAGGCAUUGCGUCAAGUUUCACGGCUGUCCCGCAGGGAACAGGAGGGAGCUGUUGGAAGAGCGGAGACGGCAACUGCCUGGCGGCAAUAUGGGGCACUCGGUAUGCUGCACAAUCUUGUGGUGUGGAUUCGCUCAUCAACCCAGCGUUACCAAGCGUUCCUGCAGGCUGCUGGCCCCAUCGCACUCCGCAAAGAGCUUAACAGCUUUAUGGAUGAUCGUUAUUCAGAGAGUGACAUCAGAUUUGAUUACCUCCAUCCAGAACACUGGCAGGAGCUCCAAGAGAUCCACGAUUUUCUACAACCUUUCUAUGAGAUUACUAAAGACACUCAAUGGGACAAGACGUCUUUGGAUGAGGUGAUUUGCUCCAUGGACUUUCUUGUUACGCAUUACAAAGCAGCCAUGGAGCAAUUCCAGCACAACACUACCAUGGUUGAUCGCAUUAUGACCAGCUGGUACAAGUUCGACGAUUACUAUACGCGUACAGAUGACACACCAGUCUACGCUGCGGCAAUCUUGCUUCAUCCUAGCCUCAGAGAAGCACAUCUGAAGGAGGCAUGGAAGGACCAACCUCAAUACAUUGGCCCAGCGAUUGCGGCCGUGCGCAAGCUAUGGGAUGAUUUCAAGCCGCAGCAAGAGCCAGAAAUCGAGGAGGACCUUUCGGCUUACGAGGCAUACAAGAAACGGAUCUACCAAAAGUCAUCUUGCCAUGAUGAAUUCAGCCGAUUCAUCGAGGGUCCAACGCUGCCAAUUGGCGACUCUUCUGCCCUUUCUUGGUGGCUUGAGCCGACGCAGCAAACCUCCUACCCCUCUCUCUAUCAUCUUGCAAUAAAUAUUUUCUCGAUACCAGCGAUGUCAGCGGAAGCCGAACGCGUGUUUAGUGGGGCCCGACGUACGGUUUCUUGGGAUAGAGGUCGGCUCUCUGCACAGAUAGUGGAGUAUACGGAGUGCUUGAAACACUGGAUUAAGAGCGGGCUCCUGGACCAGCCAUAUAUGAUUCCUGAACCAAUGGACGCUGAGUUGGAUUCUAGAGACAUAGAAAUGUUGUCUGAGGGUAUUGAACCCCGUGUAGUCCCAUUAGAAUAA